AUGCUGAAGAAAGAAGAUUGUGAUAUUGAUGAUGUAGUAGAACGGCUUCAUGAUCCAGUCACUUGCGAUCCACCUAUCUAUAAACAUAGACAUUACAAUCUGUUGGCGUAUAUGAAAUAUCUUACCGGGGAAUUCGGUGAAGUAGUUUCUCACCUGCUAAAAGCAGAAGAACAUGUGAAUGAAAGUCUGUUUGAUAAUAAGGAUGCCAAAAAGACAGUGAUCUAUGCUAAUUUUGCGUGGUUUUACCUCCAUACAAAUCAACUUGAAGAUGCUCACACUUAUGCAGAAAAAGUAGAAGAGAUUUCUAACAAAUAUCAGUCCUCUGAAAACCAAAGUAUCCUAUUUGUUGAGAUAUACGGUGAACGAGCCUGGUCUCUAUUUAGUUUCUGUGGGAAAUACUGUGAAAAGGCUGUAGAAUACUUUAAAAAAGCACUUACAUUUGGCCCAGAAGACCCUGAUUUAAACUGUGGCCAUGCCAUGGCAGAAUGGCGUUUAUUAAGUUACAAACGACAGUCACCCCAAACUGAAGACCAUACAAUUCUAAAACUAUUGGAAUGA